GCAACGCCACCUUCGCCUCACCAAUCCGUUCCCACCAGCCAGCCCGCACUCAUGCGCUCGUGACUCGAGGGCGGAGAUUGCAAUUGCAAGCGUGCGCCCGGGGCCCGAGGAAGCAGCAGCGCAAGCGCCUCCACGAAGCCACCUCAAGGCCCCGCCGCCUCCCCAAGGCCGCCCAGUCCCCUCCCAAAACCUCGCCGCCAUGGCCGACGCCGCCGCCGCCGCACCCGCGCAGGAGGAGGAUCCGCCGCCGCCCUGCGACCCAGAGACGCUGGCGAGAGGGUACCAGCUGGAGGCGCUGGAGCGCGCGGUGGCCGGGAACACGGUGGCGUUCCUCGAAACGGGCGCCGGGAAGACGCUCAUCGCGGUGCUGCUCCUCCGCGCCUACGCGCACCGCAUCCGCUCCGCCCCGCCGCCCUGCUUCGCCGUCUUCCUCGUCCCCACCGUCGUGCUCGUGGGCCAGCAGGCGCGGGUGAUCGAGCACCACACGGACCUCCGCGUCGAACAAUUUUACGGCGAGAUGGGGGUCGACUACUGGAACGCCGACACCUGGCGCCGCGCCGUCGACGGGGCCGAGGUGCUCGUCAUGACGCCUCAGAUACUCCUCGAUAACCUCCGCCACUGCUUCUUCAGGCUGCGGGACAUCGCGCUCCUCAUCUUCGACGAGUGCCACCAUGCCCACGGGAAUUCCCCCUACGCCAACAUUCUUAAGGAGUUUUAUCACCCCCAAUUGAAUUCUAGGCCAUCAGAUCCUAUACCGAGGAUAUUUGGGAUGACUGCCUCGCUCAUUAAUUCAAAAACUUUGCAGCGUUCCGACUACUCGGUGAAAAUAUCUGAGCUUGAGAAUCUCAUGAAUGCAAAGGUGUACACUGUUGAAAGUGAAUCAGCACUAUCGCAGUACAUUCCAUUUGCCACUACAAAGGUAGUCCAAUAUGAUGAUUCCAUCAUAUCAUCUGAGUUAUAUUGCCAUGCUAUCGGUUGCUUGAACAGACUUGAAAGGAAGCAUUUAGAAUUCCUGAAGGGAAAACUGCAUGAUUCAUCUUUGGAAAAUGCGGAGAAAAGGAUAAAACAAUUGAGCGCAACUUUCUUGUAUUGCAUAGACAAUCUUGGAGUAUGGCUGGCAGCAAAGGCUGCUGAGGUUUUACAAUCACGUAAGGAAAGCUGCUUAUCCUUUUGGGGUGAAAAACUGGAUGAGAAGGUCGAGGAAUUUGUUAGAAACUAUAUGGAAGAUGCAUACAGUGAUCUCUCAGAAAUUAUAUCAAAGAUGACGAAGAGGGGCAUACAACGACAUAUUGGUGAGGACUUUGCAGCUGAUUUGCAAGAUGGGUUAUUGACACCCAAAGUUCAUUUUCUUAUUAAAUCUCUUCUGGAGUACAGACAUAAGCAAGAUUUGAGAUGCAUUGUUUUUGUUGAGAGAGUUGUUACAAGCAUUGUAUUGGAGUCAUUUCUGUCCACUAUUCAUCAAAUGUCUGGCUGGAUUAUUAGAUAUAUGGCAGGAAAGAAUUGUGGUUUGCAACAUCAGAGUAGGAAAGAACAUACAGAGAUUGUUGACUCGUUUCGGAGAGGAAAGGUGCAUCUAAUUGUUGCCACACAAAUUUUGGAGGAGGGCCUGGAUGUGCCAACUUGUAACUUGAUAAUCCGCUUUGAUCCAUCAGCAACUGUAUGCAGCUUUAUACAGUCACGUGGUCGAGCCAGGAUGCAAAAUUCUGACUAUAUUUUACUUGUUAGAAGGGGAGAUGCAGUAGCUCUUUCUAAGACACAGAAGUUUCUCGCAGGUGGGCAAAUUAUGCGUGAAGAAUCUCUGAGAUUGGCAUCUACUUCUUGUCAACCUCUUCCAAACACCAUGUGCCAGGAAGAAUCAUACUGUGUUCAAUCUACUGGAGCAGUUGUGACUCUAAACUCUAGUGUUCAAUUGAUUUACUUUUUCUGCUCAAAGCUCCCAUCGGAUGAGUAUUUUAAACCUGUACCAAGAUUCAAUAUUGACAAGGCAUUGGGUACAUGUACCCUGCAUCUUCCAAAGAGCAGUCCUAUACAAACAAUUUAUGCAGAAGGAGAAGGUUCUGUUCUCAAGCGGGUUGUUUGUCUAAAGGCCUGUCGGGAAUUACAUGCGAUUGGUGCUCUCUCAGAUUCUCUCCUUCCAGAAUUGAGUGUUCCAUAUGAGGAUGGACCUGACAUUGUUGUGGACAAAUACCAAAAAGAGCAGCCUAACUACUUUCCAGAACAGCUAGUGGAUAGUUGGCUAUCUUUUUCUCGACUUGGCUUAUAUCAUUGCUAUGAGAUCUCACUGGAAUGGUGUUCCAAAACAGCUAAUUCUCCAGCUGAGAUAGUUUUAGCUGUAAAAUGCGAUAUGGGAUCUGACUUCAUCUCUAACUCAUUCAAAAUGUGGGGUGUGCAAGAUCAUGUAAGUGUUACCAUGAGAUAUAUUGGCAUAAUUCAUCUAAAUCAGGAACAGGUAAUUGUUGCUAGAAGAUUUCAGACAGCCAUUCUUUCCUUACUUAUUAGUAACAAUCAGUUGGAGGUCAGGGAUUCUAUAAAGAACUCACUUGAAAUGCAAGCAUCUCCUGGAGUUGUGUAUCUAGUUCUGCCUCUAGUUUCUGGAAAAAUUGAUUGGUGCAGCAUCAAAUUCUCAGCCUCACCAAUGCUUGAAGUUACUAACAAGGAUAUGAGGCACUGCCAUUCUUGUAAAGAUACUAAUUUAGUGCAGACAAAAGAUGGUCCUUUGUGCCAGUGCAUGCUUCAACAUGCUAUUGUCUGUACCCCACAUAAUGGCAUGCUUUAUGCUGUUUCUGGUUUUCUUGACCUGAAUGCGAAUUCUCUUCUGCAUAGAAGUGAUGGGAGUGUCGUUAGCUACAAAACCCAUUUUAAAACUAGGCAUGGCCUUGAUUUAACAUGUGAAGAUCAACCUCUCUUGGCUGCCAGUAUGCUUUUGAAAGUGCGGAACUUCCUCCACAAGUGCAAUUAUAAAAACGAAAAAGAAAGUACCAGUACGAAUGCUGUUGAACUGCCCCCCGAGCUCUGUGUAGUUGUCAUGUCACCGGUUUCAUCCGAUACUUUGCGCAGCUUCCUAUUUAUUCCUUCUAUAAUGUACCGUAUCCAGUGUAUGCUUCUUUCUGUGAAGUUGAAAAUCCAAUUGAGUCAAAGAAUGGGCCAGUUUGACAUACCAGCACUAAAGAUUUUGGAAGCACUAACAACAAAGAAAUGCCAAGAGGAAUUUUCACAGGAAUCAUUAGAAACACUUGGGGAUUCUUUCCUCAAGUAUAUCACAACCCAACAUCUUUUUAAUAAAUACAGACAUCAGCAUGAGGGCUUGCUAACCGAGAUGAAGAAAAAUUUGAUCUCGAAUGCAGCUUUGUGCCAGCUAGCUUGCAGUAACAAUCUUGUGGGAUACAUUCGAGGUGAAGCUUUCAACCCAAAAACAUGGAUUAUUCCUGGGAUUGACCAUGAUGCAUGUAGUGACAGCAAACUCAUCCUCCUAAGCCCCAAUAUGUACAGUGUGAGGAAAAUGUCUAUAAAAAGUAAGAGAAUCGCAGAUUCGGUUGAAGCCCUAAUUGGGGCUUAUCUUAGUGCUGGUGGUGAGCAGGCAGCAUAUCUUUUCCUAAUAUCUUUAGGAAUGGAUAUAGAAUUUCACAAAAUGCCAGUUGAAAGGAAAAUUACAAUCAAAUCUGAAGAAUUCAUUAACCUGAGAAGUUUGGAGGUGAUGCUUGGUUAUGAUUUCAAUGAUCCUUCGUUGUUGGUGGAAGCAAUGACACAUGGUUCAUACCAGAUUGCUGGUACUACUGCAUGCUAUCAGCGGCUUGAGUUUCUUGGAGAUGCCGUAUUAGAUCAUAUCUUCACUGAUUAUUUCUACAGGCAGUACCCUGAAUGCACUCCAGAACUGUUGACAGAUCUGAGAUCUGCUUCUGUGAACAACAAUUGCUACGCUCAUGCAGCAGUUAAAGCAGGAUUACAUAAGCACAUUCUUCAUUCAUCAUCAGCACUGCACAAAAGGAUGGCUGACUACCUUGAAAAUUUCAAGCAGUCAUUUUCAGGUCCAUCACAUGGUUGGGAAGCUGGCAUCGGUUUACCCAAGGUUCUUGGUGAUGUAAUAGAAUCUAUUGCUGGUGCAAUUUAUAUCGACAGCAAGUGCGACAAGGAGGUUGUUUGGAGAAGCAUGAAACGGCUACUGGAGCCUCUUGCUACCCCCGACACACUGGAUGUUGACCCUGUGAAAGAGCUGCAGGAGUUAUGUGGUCGCGAAGCUUACAGUAUUACAUACAAUGUAAUUCGUGAGGACCGAGUAACAUCGGUAGUCGCAGAAGUGCAAACCAAAGGGACUGCAUUCAAGGCCGCUCGGACGGGCCUAAGCAAGCUUGACGCCAAAAAGUUAGCAGCCAAAGCCGUGCUCCAAGAUAUGAAAGCUGCUGAUGGCGCGAAGUAAUUUGCAAAUAGUGUGCCCCAACACUAAUCUCGUUGCUGCACGGUAGACUUUUGUAUAGGCUUCAUGGUUUCGAAAGUGUCAUAUCAGUAAAGUAAGGGCAUAUAUGUCUCAGAUGAGAUGGGUGUACAGAUGCCUACUCUACAGGUUCUCUACUUUUGCUUCUUCUACAGACACGCUUCAACUGUACAUAAAUUUGUCUUGUUCAAGUGAAAGCUCGGUAUGUCUCAGAUUGUUUACCCUCGUAAUGCCCA